AUUAUCAACUAGUGUCAACGUAGGUAGCUCAGUCCAUCGCCUCAGUAAAAAAAAACCACAGAGUAGCCUAGUAUUAGGUGGUCUGAAACGUUGCCGAUGGAAAACGCCGGUGUAGUGCCGAGUAUAUGGCGACAAGUUGUGUUAAAUGGAGAAGAGGAGGGACAGGGCUUAGUGCGGAGAGAUUUUCUAUGCGCCCGAGGCAGCUCACGGCUGUGUGUCGCUGCCCAGCCGCGGAGUGGAGAGAGAGAGGGAGAGAGGAGGAGAAGGAGGAGGAGGGAGGAUGGGUGGUUACAAGGGAGGGGGGUCUGCUGUGGUGCUGACGCGCAAGAGAGAGAGAGAGAGCGAGAGAGAGAGGGAGGGAGGGAGGGAGAGGGAGAGAGGAAUGCACUGCUAAUGAGAAAACGGAGCGGUGCUGGGCAGGCAGGAGCAGAGGAGAGAAAGAGACUGAAAUGGGGAGAAUGAUCUAAAGCACAGCCCGAGAAGCUGAGAGCGCGAGGAGCCGGAGGAGACGGCGAACACGGACGGCACCCAUAACGCCUGGAAAGGAUUUAUAAUCAAGAGUUACCGGGGGAACUACGGGAUGCAUUUUUGAUGCUCUCCAUGCGGAAAACUGAGCUAACGGACUUGUCGCUCGGCUGAACCAUGCAGCGGAUUCUGCUCCUGAGUUUGGCGCUGUGUACUUUUCACCGAGUGGCCGGAGCGGCCCGUUUCUCCCAGGAGCCGGCGGACCAGUCGGUGGUGUUGGGCCAGAGGGUGGUUCUGUCCUGCGUGGUCUUCAACUACUCGGGCAUCGUGCAGUGGACCAAAGACGGCCUGGCCCUGGGCAUCGGAGAGGACCUCAGGGCCUGGCCACGGUACCGUGUGUUGCGUCUUGUGGACGUGGGGCAGUAUAACCUGGAGAUCACCUAUGCUGAGCUGUCUGAUGAUUCGCUCUAUGAGUGUCAGGCCACUGAAGCCGCCCUGCGCUCACGAAGAGCCAAGCUCACUGUGCUCAUCCCUCCGGAUGACCCAGUGAUAGAAGGUGGCCCCGAGAUUUUACUGACAGCAGGGGCUCCCUUCAACCUGACGUGUGUGUCACGAGGAGCCAAACCAGCCUCCAUCAUCGAGUGGCUUAAAGAGGGACUGCCUGUAGAGGGGGCAGUCAGCACCACGGAGUUACUGCGGGACCGCAAGAGAGUGACCACUCGCAGUUUCCUGCCUAUCUUGCCGGUGGACACAGACACAGGGCGCAACUUCACCUGCAUCACCUCCAACCAGGCCAUACCAGCAGGGAAGCGCACCACCGCCAAACUCAACGUGUACCAUCCUCCCAUAGUUACUCUGUCCAUAGAGCCGCGCUCUGUACUGGAAGGAGAGAGAGUCACCUUUACCUGCCAGGCUACAGCCAACCCUCCUAUCAGGGGAUACAAGUGGGCGAAAGGUGGUGUUAUCCUCCAGGGGGCCAGGGAGAGGGUGUUUGUGACUAAAGCUGACCACUCCUUCUUCACUGAACCUGUCUCCUGCCUCGUCUUCAACGACAUCGGCAGCACCAACGUCAGCAUCCUGGUGGACGUACACUUUGGGCCCUAUCUAGUGGUAGAGCCUCGUCCCGUGACGACGGACAUUGACUCGGACGUGACGCUCAACUGCAAGUGGUCUGGAAAUCCUCCCCUCACCCUCACUUGGACCAAGAAGGGCUCCAGCAUGGUGCUCAGUAACAGUAACCAGUUGUACCUGAAGUCGGUGAGCCAGGCAGAUGCUGGUCAGUACGUGUGUAAGGCCAUCGUGCCCCGGAUCGGCGUGGGAGAGACAGAGGUCACACUUACAGUCAACGGUCCACCCAUCAUCUCCAGCGAGGCUGUUCAGUAUGCAGUGAGGGGUGAGAGGGGAGAGGUCAAAUGCUACAUUGCCAGCACCCCUCCUCCUGAUAAGAUUGUGUGGGCAUGGAAGGAGAACGUGUGGGAGAAAGAGAAUGGGAAGCUCAUGGAGCGCUACACUGUGGAGCAGAGUAAACCGUCACAAGGUGGCGCUGUUCUCUCCACCCUCACCAUCAACAAUGUCAUGGAGACCGAUUUCCAAUCCACCUACAACUGCACCGCCUGGAACGCUUUUGGCCCCGGGACCAUGAUCAUCACACUCGAGGAGAUGGAAAUAGUGCCUGUUGGGAUCAUAGCUGGCGGGACGAUUGGCUGUAUCAUCCUGGUGCUGCUGCUCUCUAUGGCUCUAGUGCUCUUCCUCUACCGCCAGCGCAAAGGCAGUCGUCGUGGGGUCACCCUUGGCAAGCCUGACAUCAAGGUUGAGACCAUCAACAAAGAGACGCAUAGCCUGGAAGAGGACUCCGCCAGUGUCUCUACGGCGACGCGCAUGGUCAAGGCCAUGUACUCUUUUUUGCCCUCUGUGUCCCUGUCUCCCUCAUCCCAGCCCUUUAAGGACGACAUCGACCACAAACAGGAGCUACGCAGCGACACACUCGACACACGGCAGGAUUACGAGCUCAAGGACCCCACGAAUGGCUACUAUAACGUGCGCGCCUCCACCCAUGACGAGGGUCGCCCGGCGUCUCGCUCCAUGCACUACUCCGAGUACCGCACCACCACGACAGCAGGGGGCGCCGCCACGGUCAGCGUGAGCGCCAGCUCUGCCGGGGGCGGGGCCGGGGGAGCGGCCGGGGGGGGAGGCGGGGGCACGCCGGGGAGUCUGGCGCCGGGUUCUCGAGGGGGGGGCUGCUAUGACCCCCGGCCCCCGUCGCGCCUCUCCCACAACAGCUACGCCCAGUUCAACACCUUCGGCAGGGCGGGGCAGAGCCAGCAGGGCGGGGCUAGCGCGGGUCCCUCCCCCGGUGACUUCCCGCCCGACUGCAGCCUGUUAGACUCCUCCCCCCAGCUGGCUUACGACAACUACGCCUACCCCUCGCACUACCCCUCGUACAGGAUGGGCUUUGCCCCGCCCAGCCUGGCUCCACUGGAGGGCGGCCCAGCCUAUGAGAUGUAUGGGGUGGGGCCACCUGUAGGGGGUGGGGCAGGGGGAGGGGCUGGAGCUCCGGGGGCGGGCUCAGAGGCAAGCCUGGGGAAGUACGGCAGCUCCACGCGUUUCUCCUACACCUCACAGCAUUCCGACUACUCACACAGACACACACAGAGGAUGCAGACACACGUUUGAGCUCCUUUUCACACACACACACACAUGCAUACACACACAAUCAACUACACAUACCAACACAUUAACAGAUAGAAUUAGUGUUUUCACUCAUUCACACACACUCACACACAAACACACCACACUAAAGAUGAAGGAAUUAUCACGGACCUGUAGGUGGAGAGGGAAAGAUUGGUGCCAGAAAGGGUUCAAAACACCAAGAGCUGAGAGGGCAACCGACACUGAGGGGGGACCCAUCCUCCCCUCUGUGUGUUUAUUUCUUCAGCUCCAGGAGCUGACAGCGAGAGUCACAAUCAGGAAGAGUGAGACGAAACCAGAGGGGGAGGGAGAGAGAGAAGCUCAGAUCCUAGAUCUGUAACGAUUAGUGACGGCUAAAGCCGGGAGAGGAGAGGAGAGGAGAGGACAGGAGAGGAGAGAGCCAGCCUCACGGGGCGAAGAGGCCUCCCAGCUGGCUCCCCUGACAGCAGCUGACUGCGGCGCAGGUCCGGCCGAGAUUUGGUGCCGCUCUCUGACACCGGCACUGGACCAUGGAUCUGCUCCUGAGGCAGCCGCUAUCGGGACUAGCAUUGGAGGGAGAACGACAGCGCCCCCUACCAGAGAUUCCGGUGACAACACAGUGUUUUCUCAUUGGUUUACGUAAAAAGGGGGCGGGACCUCAACCAGGCC